AUGCAAUACCCACAAGUCUGUCGCCUCCACCACGAGGAUGCAUUCUGCCUUUUUGGCAAGCCCAGCAAGCGACAAAGGCAGGAACAGAGACGGAGAUCCCGGGCGGAAGGGCAGCAGUGGAGUCCAGCGGGGACACACCCCUCGAGGCAGGAGGGGGGGCAGCAGAACUGGCUGUUGGGGGAGGCCCGGAAGCCACAGGCAAGGGAACAGCAGAUGCGGCCGAUGGGAGUGGAGCAGGAGCUGCCGGCGAGAGGGGAGCAGGAGCUGCCGGCGAGAGGGGAGCUGGAGCUGCCGGCGAGAGGGCAGCAAGAGCCGCAGGCAAGAGGGCGGCAGGUGUGGUCGGCAGGCGAGCAGCAGGUACUGCCGAAGGGAGAGCAGCAGGAGCGGCUGGCGGGAGGGCAGCUGGAGCUGCCGGCGGGGGGGCAGCAGGAGCUGCAGGCAGGAGGGCAGCGGGAGGUGCCAGCAGGAGGUGCCAACGGGAGGGCAGCAGGAUGUGCCAGCGGGAGGGCAGCAGGAGGCACCAAUGAGAGGGCAGCAGGAGGUGCCGGCGAGAGGGCAGCAGGAGGUGCCGGAGGGCAGCAGGAGCCGCCCGGGGUAGAGCAGCGUGAGCUGCCAAGGGAAGAGCAGCAGGAGCUGCCGGCAAGGGAGCAGCAAGCAAGGGAGCAGCAAGCGGUAGAAGUGGAGAUGGCCGAGCUACAGCCAGAGGCACAGCAGGACCAAUCGGGAAACCAGGCCUGGCCACAGGCAGGAGGGCAGCAGGGGCCGUCCGGGGGAGAGCAGCUGGAGCUGCCAAGGGAAGAGCGGCAGAUUCCGCCGGGGGUGGGGCAGCUGCCGGCAAGGGAGCAGCAAGCGGUGGAUGUGGAGAUGGCCGAGCUAAUGCCAGAGGUGCAGCAGGACCAAUCAGGGAGCCAAGUCCGGCUGCAGGCAGGAGAGCAGCAGGAGCUGCCGGGGGAGGAGCGGCAGGAGCUGCCAACGGGAGGGCAGCUCGAGCUGUCGGGGGGAGGGCAGUAG